AGGUUAUGGUUGUAGUUUACAGAUACAGAAGACCGGCCGUGAGAUGCCGUGAGUACGAAUCGGGAACUAUUCUUGAACAUUAUUGUAUUACAAAUUUAAAAUCUGACAGUGAAGUUGCCACAGUGACUUCGAUAUUUCUGCGAGAAGUUUUUUAUCAUUAGUUCCUCGUUUCUUUAUCCUUCACCACAGAAUUGAAACAGGCAGCCAGAAUAUAAGAACACAAACCAAUGCUUCUUGCUUUAUCACCGCAUUUUGUCCUCACACUUCACCAUGUCCACUGGUAAAGAAAAUAAAGAUGAGAACAGUAAAUCUUUCACACCAUCAAGAAUUUUCAAAUCUAGACGAGAUUCUCAUGAUGAUCUACCUAUCGAAGGAUGGCCGAUGGGCACCGCAACUCUCCUUACUGAAAUCGAUAAAAAAAUGAUGGUUGUUCUUAGAGAUAAUAGAACGUUAAUUGGAUAUCUACGAAGUAUAGACCAAUUUGGGAACUUGGCUCUGCAUCAGACAAUCGAGAGGAUAUAUGUCGGAAGCAAAUACGGCGACAUUCCACGAGGUAUCUUCAUAGUAAGGGGAGAGAAUGCAGUGCUUCUAGGAGAACUGGAUCAAACACGAGAUGUUGGAUUGAUUGAACAAGUUUCUGUUGAGGAAAUUCUUAAUGCCCAGCGCCGAGAACAGGAAGCAAAACAGGAAAAGAACAAGGUUCUUGCCAAAGCACUUCGUGAACGUGGACUGAGUUUUGUCAAUGAUCUGGUUCAGGAAGACCAGUUUUAAGCUUGCAGUUCUUUAGCACACAUCAGGGACAGGACAAGUCAUAUGUUCACGGGCGUUUAUGUUGAUAUCUGUUAAUUUUAAGUCUGGCUAAAGCAGAAUUUCCCUGUUACACUUUCAGAUUUUAUGCAAUGAGCAUUAAUAAUAACAUGUAGAAGAAAGAAAAAGCUUCAUACUUUAGUAUGUGAAGUAGCUUAGCUGAAUGGGCAAAAAUAAUGGUGCUCCUUUUAACUCUGGCUCAAUGUCAAUAAAAUGCUCACACUAUGAACUAGCAUUUCAGAGUUCCUUUUGCAUGUGCAUCGUCAGACAUGAACUGUCAGGUUCAUUAAUAUUGUUGAAAUUAUUGUUUUAAGGUGUUUUCAGCCUCAAAGAGCUCAAUAAAGAUUGAGUCCCUUCGA